UUUUAAAUAAAAAUAAUACGUGCAUUUGGCGUGGAUCGAUUUAACAUUGUAAUCUUUUCUAAAGAAUGUUGUUGCUUGUGUCUUUACGUUAGAGAAAUGCUAUUCAAUUUCUGUGAUCCGCGUUUACGGCCAGAAAUCGAGUGUAGUACUGUCAGUACAGAAGGACAUGAAGUCUCAAACUUGAUAAACGAGUCUGACAAAGGUUUCUUGGCAUAUGCUUGCAUUAAACCGCCCGUCAACAUUGACAUUAGUUUCCUCUGUAACGUAUCCAUCAAUCAUAUUUUGAUUUGGCCGCAUGUUGGUUCCCAAAAGUCAUCGGGCUUUCAAUUAUAUGCCAAAACGAGUAAUGACAACAGUGUACCUUAUUCUUUAUUGGGUAGUGGAUUUUUAGACCACUCAAAUGCCGGACUGCUAUUCUGUUCAUCGAACGUUAAUCACGAAACGAUUUCUGUUCCUCAAAAUUUUCUGAAACUACAUAUAAAACCUUCUCUGAGAUAUUUAACGACGUAUUUAAGUAAUUUAAGAGUAUGUAUAUGCAAGACAGAAAACUCUGUACCUGCGUUAGGUAAAAUUGAAGUAUGGGGAACUGUAUCGCCACGUUGUGGGAAAGAUACGGUGGCUAGUAUUUGUACUCUGUGGUCCAAACAACAAUCUUUUGUAUCCGAGACUAUAGAUACAAAUGAUUCAUCUAUAAAAAGUCCUAAGCAGACUGAACAAUCUGUUACUGUUGCGACUGACAGGGAGGUGUUGGAAUCAUCUUUACAAAUUCCAGAGUCCUUCUUAGAUGCCAUUACUUGGGAAAUUAUGACACAGCCCAUACUGUUGCCCAGUGGAAAGAUAAUUGAUCAAACUACGUUACAAAAGUACGAGGAAACCGAAGCAUUGUGGGGAAGACGUCUGUCAGAUCCUUUUACUAGUAUGCCAUUCAGCGAAGAUCGUAAACCUGUUAUAGCAACUGCUCUAAAAAUAAGAAUAGACAAAUUUCUACUUGAGAACAGUAAUGCGGACGAGAUAAAGAAACUGCCAAGAGUUUUAGGUCACGCGUUAUCUUCAAGUAUCGCUGAUAAAAAAGUAUCAAAUGUUCCUAAAUAUUUGUUGAAGCAAAAUGUGUCGAAUAAAACUUCAAACGACAAUAAACCAAAGUUGCACUGUUCCGUAACAAAUACUCAAGAGAAUAAGAUGUUUUGUCAUAAACUGCCAAUUGUUGUAAUGCCAAAUAAACGAAGUGCUUCUACUUUAACUAAACCGAUAAAAAAAAGAAAAACUGUUAAUUCUUGUGUAUCGGUAUAUCAAAUGGGAUCUGAAACAAAAAGUGAUAGCUCUACCGAUGUAGUAAAUUUAAAUGUUAAUGAUAGCGCGAAUUAUGCCACAAAUUCUACAUUAAAUACUUGUAUUUGUUGCGUCGAUGGAAUAUUUUAUAAAUUACCGUGCAAACAUGUAUUAUGUAGAAAAGUCUUGACAUCUAUCAAAGAUAAUCAGUGCUCAUCGUGUGGCAUGUCUUAUAGAAACAGCGAAAUAGAACGUAUUUAUGAAUGA